UCGGAGAAGGCUCCCGCCGCCCGGUGUGCGGAGGGCUUCGUGACCGCUUACGGCACUCCCCGGGUUCUAGUCCCCAGAGUCCAAUUCUUAUUUAAUAGCUAUCGAAUCCCCCACACCCUAGGUCCUAGACAGGGGAGCGUGCGGAGAUGAUUGGAAUUUCAGGAAGGAAUACUGUGAGGCCAGUGUAAACAGGUGUUGUCCUCGCUCCAGGAAGUGUGGUUCAUGGACCCGGUGCGUUGACAUCACCCAGGAGCUUAUUAGAAAUGCAGAAUCUCGCUCUGAGCCCAGACUUCCUGAAUCAAAAUCUGCAUUUUAACGAGAUCCCCAGGGAAUUCCUAAAGCCAUCAGACUGUGAGAAUGCGCCGUGCCAAAGAUACUUGGCCAGGAAAAAUGUUAACCAUAGAUUAAAUGGAUAGACAAGGUGGGAAAAGUGUGCAAUCCAAAUCCAAAUUGCUUUAAGUAUUUGUCACAGAUGCAUGCCCCAAAAUGUUAGGAUGAUUAUUCGUGGAUGGUGGCGUUAGAGGUGAUAUUUCUUUUUCUUUAAGGUUGGCAGAUUUAGCAAAUAAAAAUGCAGAACAAUUAUUUGUGAUGUAUUUGAAAUUCGAAUUUCAUUCGGUUCCUGUAUUUUAUCUGGGAAUCCUACUGCUUCCAGUUUCUUACAAAUCAAUGAGCACGUAUUGCUUUUGAAAUUAGACAAAGAAUGUAAAACUAGAAAAUGUAAACUAAGAUGAGGCUCUGUACGUGUCGUAAGCUUGAUUACCAUUUCUUCUUUAAAGCGGGGGUCUGCACGUGCUUAUCCAUUAUUUGCCUUCAGCACCAAGAUUGCUAAUUAUUAGCAGCGGCCACGUUACGCGGUGCUGUGUAAUGAAUCACACCUGAAUUGAAGGCGGAGCUCAACUGUUUGGGGGUCAAAUGACCUUAAGUAGGACACUUAACCUUUGCUAGCCUUAAAUUUACUUAUCUUUUAAAUGGGCAAAAGGAACCUGCCUAACUGGUGUAGUGGGGUUCAUGCACCAGGAACGCACUUUGUGAACCCUGAAGCACUAAGUCGUUAUAGUUUAUACCGUAAAUCAUUAAACAGCGGAAGCGCAGGAUUAUGGCAUCUUUGGAGGGGGGCGCUCUCCAACAGCGAGCGUAAACAAGUCUUUCCUGAAACGCCUACACAGUUUCACCCGGCCCCGGGGACUACUCCCACCUUACUCAGCUGGGGUUCUUUACACCGGGACUUCUUUCCUGCUUGGGCAACAUGAGGCUUUUCUUGUGGAACGCGAUCUUGAUGCUGCUAGUGACUUCUUUGAUUGGGGCUCUGAUCCCCGAGCCAGAAGUGAAAAUCGAAGUUCUCCAGAAGCCAUUCAUCUGCCAUCGCAAAACCAAAGGAGGGGAUCUGAUGUUGGUCCACUAUGAAGGCUAUUUAGAAAAGGACGGCUCUUUAUUUCACUCCACUCACAAACAUAACAACGGUCAGCCCAUUUGGUUUACCCUGGGCAUCCUGGAGGCUCUGAAAGGUUGGGACCAGGGUUUGAAAGGAAUGUGUGUAGGAGAGAAGAGAAAGCUCAUCAUUCCUCCUGCCCUAGGCUAUGGAAAAGAAGGAAAAGGUAAAAUUCCUCCAGAGAGUACACUGAUAUUCAACAUUGAUCUCCUAGAGAUUCGAAAUGGACCAAGAUCCCAUGAAUCCUUCCAAGAAAUGGAUCUUAAUGAUGACUGGAAACUCUCUAAAGAUGAGGUUAAAGUGUAUUUAAAGAAGGAAUUUGAGAAGCAUGGUGCAGUGGUAAAUGAAAGUCAUCAUGAUGUUUUGGUGGAGGAUAUUUUUGAUAAAGAAGAUGAAGAUAAAGAUGGAUUUAUAUCUGCCAGAGAAUUUACAUAUAAACAUGAUGAGUUAUAGUGCUAUGUCUACCCAUUUUAUAUAGUAUCCAUCCUAAAAGAGAGGGUAAUCAUCUUUAAAGAAAGUUUUAUUUUUUAACAAUACUCUGUUCUCGCUUUUGUUUUUUAUUUUUAUAUAUUUUUUCUGACUCUUAUUUAAAGAACCCAUUUCUUUCUGGUAAGUUAUUGGGAAGAAAAAAUUAAUUUGAAUAGAAGACUUCUGGACUAUUUUCCACUUUUAUAUAUGAAGAUUUUUUUUUUUUUUUUUUACUUUCUUAGUUGUCAUUUAAAACUAUUGCAACUGGGAACAUACCAUAACAUGAGACCAACUUACAGCGCAAAUCAGCACCCUGUAUUUCUGCCUCCCACUAUUUUCUCCAAGUUAGAGACUGACAUAUUUGAAAAGCCUUUUGCAAUAGCCCAAAGCUUGCUAUUUUCAUGUUAUAAUGAAAUAGUUCAUCUUUUACUGCCUCCGAGUCUCUGCUUGAGGACAAAAGGAAAAUUGUUAUUGGACUUUACUUGGUAACAGCUACUGCUUCACUAAGGAGAUGUGCAAUGCUGAAGUUGGGAACAAAGUUAAUAACUUAUGUAAAUAUGUAUGCGUUGAAACAUUCUGCCUAUGACUUAAGCUGCAUAAAGUUCAGCUCCUAGUAACUAAUGGCCUAUUAUGAUAAAUAGGACAAAUCAUUUAUGUGUUUGUUUCUUUGUAAUUUAUCAAAAUACUGUAGCCAACAUAGAGAGUAGUAUUUAUAUUCAACGUUUA